AUAUAGGAGAGGUAGCAUCGAAGGAAUGUAGAGGCGUGCUUGGAACGUUGAAUCAGCUGGGCGUUUCCAUAGGGCUCCUCCUUGUGUACGCCUUGCCAUUUCUUUUACAUUGGAGAUGGAUGGCUUUAGUUUGUGCAUCCAUAGCAACAGUUCUAGCUUCUACUGGGAAUAGUAUUUGUGCCAGAUUCACCAAGAUGGUUACUCAUGCACAAGUAUAGAGAGGAGGCCGUGUCAGCAUUGCAUAAACUUCGUGGAGAUAAAUAUGACAUUGAGCCAGAGCUGUUGGAAAUGGAGGCCAAUAUAAUGACGCAAUCCAAAGAGAAAUUUAAACUGAGUUACUUACGCAAACCCUCGGUCUACAAACCUCUAGUGAUAUUAGUGAUUUUAAUGGCAUUCAAGCAGCUCUGUGGCAUGGGUGCCUUAACAUAUUAUGCUCUAGAAAUUUUUGAUUCGACAAACUUCAGUAAGCUUCACCCGGCAAUGAUAAUAGGCGGUGUGAAUGUCGUUGGGACAAUAUUUUCUGCAAUGAUUAUUGAUAAAGCAGGGAGGAGAAUACUUUUGAUAACAUCAGGGAGCAUUCUUACCUUAAGUUCAGGGGCGUUAGGAGUUUAUUAUUAUCUCCAUGACAACCACGACAUGGACCUAACAUGGUUAUCUUUAGUAGGUAUUAUAGGUUUCUUCAUUGGGUUUUCUACAGGGUGGGGUGGUAUACCUUGGAUACUCCUCGGAGAGCUUUUCCCAUUAAAGGUACGCAGUGCUGCAAGUGCAUUAUCCGUAUUUGUAAAUUGGGUGUCUGCGUUUAUACUAACAAAAGAGUAUUCUACGUUAGAGGGUUUUGCUCAUAAAUAUGGUGCCAUGUGGUGCUUUUCAGGGAUAAGUCUUCUUGGCGUGAUAUUCAUUGCCGUAGUGCUGCCUGAGACAAAAGGAAAAUCUCUUGAAGAAAUUGAAGAAUAUUUUGAGCAAUCGAAUAAACCACUCGCAAGGCUUGACAAUAAAGUCACCAAUGAACAAACCCCUACAAGUAUUCAAACAACUUAGCUACUUGAACUACAAAUGGAAGGAGUUAUUAAACUGUGUAAGACCUUAAUUAAGAAAUCAUUCAUGAGAGAGACUCACGAGAUUAUUACUAUUCGCUAGAGUGAUCAUUUUUACUAUUAUUGCAUUAUAGGGACCCAGAAUACAACAGCUUAAACGCACACUCUUUUGUUCAAUAAUGUUCACAAACAAUAAAUAGAAUAUCAAUAUUUUGUAUUUUUACUUUUAUCACCUCUUCUAGUGUCAUGAGCAGUAAAACAUUUUCCCCCGACCUUCGAUCUUUGCCUAUUUUCAAUUUAGAUAAAAUCAAUCUGUCCAUUAAGC